AUGAGUGCGUACGAUUUGUUUAGAUGGCGGCCGGUCACAGACGGACGCUGUCAGGUAAAUCUGUUGCGUCACUUCCUCCUCCCUGUCCUUGGAAGCAGCAGAAGCCUCGCUAUUCAGGAUAAACUAAUGGCUAAACUAAGUAAAGAGACCAAACAGCGGCUGCAGCAGCUAUUCCAAUGCGGCCAGUUUGUCAUCCGAUGGGGUUUCAUCCCAACCGUGCUGUACCUCGGUUUCAAACGAGGAGCAGAUCCAGGAAUGCCGGAGCCUACAGUGUUGAGUUUGCUGUGGGGCUGAGGAGCACCUUCACACCACCGAUCCCUUUUACCGCAUCGAGGUCAUGUAGCUGACGUCAUCGGAAAGCCGGGAAAUGGAUACCAUCUUUUACUUUCCUUUUUGCAAAUCCUGUCAGUCAAUGUCUAAUGAGCGAAUGCGAUCUGUUUCCAUGUUGAGUGUGGUUUUGCUGCAUACACAGUAAAUGUACAAAGAGUGUUGACUGGACUAUCAGUUGGAUGUUUUUUUUUGUCAAUGUGUGACGCUGAUGUUUGAGGAUCUUUUUCAUGUGUUUCUCCUUUUAUUUUGUAAUUUAAAGUUUCUGAAAAUAAAUCCUUAAAGAACUGA